AACAAGAAGUACUCUUAUAAAAUUUGCAUCACCUAAUCAAAAACCAAAAAUAGCCACAAGCAACUCGACACAAAUUGGAAAACAAAGUGCUUCAUCAAUAGAGAAGAACACAACAUAUGCAGCAACAACAACAAUGAUCAAAUCCAACACUAGCAAUGAUCAUAAAGAGAGAUCAAACACAUUGCCAUCAAUUACAACAAGAACAACAAAGCAAAAAGAUACAAGUCUUAAUUUCCUAGCUUCCAAUUUAUCAAAAACAUUGGGCAUGGAGUCGUCUUCGAGUACCACCAGGCCUAAAAGCAGGGGAGUAUCCCCUGCUGGCAGACCGAAAAUCCUGGGAGCUCAGUUCCCAGGAUUUUCUGAUGAAACUCUGCCUAAUCUCAAGACAGACCGGUCCCUCUCAGCCAACAGGGGCCGGCCAAUUCAUCAAAACCAAUCAACUAACCAAAGGCCAGGAUCAUCAUCGUCGUUGUCUUCAAGUACCACCAAGCCUAAAAGCAGGGGAGUGUCCCCUGCUGGGAGGCCGAAAAUACUGGGAGCUCAGUUCCCAGGAUUUUCUGAUGAAACUCCGUCUAAUCUCAGGACAGACCGGUCUCUGUCAGCCAACAGGGGCCGGCCUAACCAAUCAACUAACCAAAGGCCAGGAUCAUCGUCAUCGUCGUCUUCUUCUUCUUCAUCGUCAGUGCCUAUUACAAAACCAAUAAGACGACAAUCCUGUUCUCCCAGUGUAACACGUGGUCGAAAGCAGGAGGUUAGUAUAAGUAGUACAAAAUUUCAACAAGUGAAUGGCACAACACAAGUUCUUGGCAGCAGAAUGGUGGACAAGUUCUUGAGUGCUAGGAAGUUAGCUCAUGAAGAGAAAGAAACUAACAAGACAAAGUUGAAUGGUUCCCUAAAUGAGAACUGUGGUUUUGGGAGGCACAUUUCAAGAAUUUCAGCAAAUAUGACUCAAAAGCACAUGGAAACUCAUCAAGACUCGGGUAAUUCUGGCAAAAAUGGCACAGCCACAGGGAGAAAAUCUUCAAACAUCAGAGGCAGCAGAAUCUCUAGUGCAUAAAGCAACUCAUAUAAUAUUUUUGUAUGAAUUUAACCAAAAACCACAAUAAGAUGGUGUUGUUUUUUUGUUUUUGCCUUUUGCAUCAUUUAAUGUUGAUUAUAAAUGCCUUUUCUCAUUUGAUUUUGGGCUCUCUUCUCUCUCUAUUUUCUUUAUUCUCUUUUGGCAAAAGCCAGGUAACAAACAAAGUACA